GUCAACAAUUACAAAUAACCACUUCAGUGGCUGCAUUAACAAUGUUAUGCAUUGUUAGACAUGCAUUGAGUAUCUUGAAUAUGUACUCGAGUGAUUCGAGUAGUGUAAACAAUUUCCUAUCAGACAGAGACCGUCGUAGGGAGCAAUUAAUGUCACACCUUGUCCAUACUAAUUGGUGCCGCAACAUUAUUAGGAUGGGUCCAGAGACAUUUAUUAAUCUUUGUGAGAGACUAAGAUCAACUAGGUUAGUUAAGGACGUCAUUCGAUCGACAGUGGAGGAACAAGUUGUUCAAUUUCUUCAUAUAAUAGGCCAUAAUGUUAAGAAUCGAAGUGUCACAUUUUUCUUUCAUCGAUCUGGGUCGACGGUUAGCAAUCACUUUCACAAUGUGUUAGAUGCUAUCUUAACUUUGGAAUCUGAAUUUCUAAUUCAACCCUCAGGAAAUGAGAUUCAUCCAUAUGUCUUGAACAACAAUCGAUUUUACUCGUACUUUAAGGUACUCAUUUCAACAUAUUUGAAGAUGUUAUUUGAUCAAAGGAUGAUAAAGGUGCCAAGAUCCGAUGCUCGGAGAUUUCGAGGAAGAAAAGAUUGGCCAACUCAAUAUGUGUUUGCGGCGUGUGAUUUUGACAUGAAAUUCACAUACGUUCUAGUUGGAUGGGAAGGCACUACAUCUGAUUCAAGAAUUUUAAAAAACGCUCUUGAUCGAUAUGAUCCGUUGGUUAUCCCCCAAGGUGAGUGUGUAUAUUGGGAUCUUGAAGAUUUUAUUUAUUAGUCACUAAAUAACUUUAUGUGUACAACAUUGUAGGAAAAUACUACCUCGGUGAUGCUGGAUUUAUGUUGAAAAGCACAGUUUUGACUCCAUAUAGAGGCGUCAGAUAUCACCUUAAAGAAUAUACACGUAAAAAGGCCACAGAAUCCACGCGAGUUGUUUAAUCAUCGACAUUCAUCAUUGAGAAAUGUUAUUGAAAGAACUUUUGGUGUGUUGAAAAAAAGAUUCCCUAUCAUUGCAAGUGGCACUGAACCACACUAUGGAUUAGAGACAAGGACAAACAUUAUAUUAGCUUGUUGUAUCUUACACAACUUCCUUCGUGGCAUGGAUAACGAUGACUCAUUACUUAAUGAAGUUGAUAAUGAGUUGAAUGAAAGGGAAUACCAUAAUGUUUCAUCAUCUCAAGUUAGAGAAGAGGAUCAUAUGAUUAGUAGUAGUAUAAGGGAUUCCAUAGCAGAUCAAAUGUGGCGAGAUUAUCAAAACUUUUAGUUAUUGUAUUUUAUUUUGUUGUAUGACUAGAAAAGAAAUUGAAAACUUAUUACGGACUAUGAACAUUGAAGAUCAGAAUUUAUUCAGACAAUGCUUCGACUUUUUAUCUUCGCAUCCAUCACAUA